GGUAUAAAUCUAUAGAAUGAAACAGUGAUCCUUCACUGUUUGUCCAUUGAUCGCAACCUGUAAGUCAGUCAUCAUUCGACCAGGAUAAAGUUAAUCAGACGGGAUCAGAGAUGGGUUUACUGUCUUCUUUAUUUCUUAUAUUAUGUCUUUCUGUUAAGCUCGUCCUAACCAAUAAAUUUGAAAAUGUUAUACAGAGCUUUGUUGAGAUUCAAAAAGAAACUAAGUAUCACACACCAUUGUCAAAGUUACUAGGUAAGGAGAAUAAAGAACCGGAAGAUGAGAAUUUAAAUCAUCCAGUAUCAGGAACGAUAGCUGGUGAUGAGCUAUUAGAAUGGUCCAUAGAUGAUAGAACCAUCAAGCAAAUAGAUGGUGGUAUCGAGGAAGAUCUGGAAAAACGAAAAACAGUUUCCUUGGAAUAUCUCUUAUGGCCAGGAGGCAUAGUGCCGUGGCAAUUUUGUAAAAAUGCACGAAGAAAGUUCAGAAACACCACAUCUCGAGCUAUGGUCCUAAAAGCCAUGAAGCAUUGGGAAGAGAGAACGUGUCUUAAAUUUAUACCAAUUAGUGUAAUAAGUAAAGAACAGAGACCCGCACAUUAUGUAGAUAUUGGACGUGGAUCAGGGUGCGCUUCUCCAGUAGGAUUCAAACAAGCAGGACAACAACCGAUCUACUUAAAUGAACAAUACUGUAUCCAGUUUGGUACUAUUGUUCAUGAAAUUGGUCAUACUAUAGGAUUUUUUCAUGAACAUGCCCGUCGAGAUCGAGGGGAGUAUAUUAAUAUUAAUACCGAUAACGUAAAAGAUGAUUUUAUAUCUAAUUUCCGAGAAGCCGUCUAUUCGGUCAAUACAACAAUGUAUGAUUUAGGAUCGAAUAUGCAUUAUGGACCAAAGUUUUUCAGUUCUAAUGGUAAAAAUACCAUUACAUCUAAAGAUCCUGAUCUUUCGUUCUUGAUGGGAAGACGAAUCGGUUUGACUUUCCUGGACACUAAAGCUGCUAACUUAGCCUACAAAUGCAAAGAAAAAUGCAAGAAUCCAGUUGAGUGUGAAAACGCUGGAUUUUUGUUACACACAUGCAACUGUUAUUGUGCCUUUGGUUUAUCUGGUAGAACAUGUAAUAAAAUUAAAGAUGAAUUUUCGUCAGACUGCAGUGGUAUUAUUGAAUUAGGUUUUGGUGAGACAAGAGUAAUAUCAUCACCUGGAUAUCCCAAGCCACCGCCUAUAGCUAAAUGUUUUUGGCUUAUAAAGGCCGAAGCCAAUAACAGAAUACAGAUUGAAUUAACCCUUGAUUUAGCUAGCGAUAGACUUAAUCAUAUUUGUCUUCAUUGGAUAGGAGUAAGAUAUAACCAUAUUGGUCAAGUGGGACCAAGGUAUUGCGGCACUACUAGUAAACCUGUUAAUAUCACAUCUAAAAGUAAUAUGAUCAGUGCUGUGUUAAAUGCACAGUAUAAAAUCAAAGCUAAUGAACAUCAAGGUUUCACUUUAAAAUUAACAGCUAUAGGAGCAAUUGAUAAAGGUAUAAAAUGUCUUUUUAAGAAAGGUGAGAAAUGUCCAUUUUAUCCUGAUGAUAUUAAUAUAAUGAAGUGGGAGAUCAUGCACGGACUGUUUGUUGAGUCUGGAAUGGAAGGAGCGUCUUUUCUUGUUGCCAAAACAUCAUAUUUUCCCAAACCAGAUACAAGAGUAUUAAAAAGUGCUGAUAUAAAGGGUGGUAAAUGGUGUUUUUGUUUUGGAUACUAUCUACCCGAGGAAGAAACUGGUAAUGUGUUGGUAUUAGUAACUAGUAAGAAGAUGGUAAACUCUCGUCCCUCGAUGAUCUGGAUGAAUGAGAACUAUCAACCUGAUUUUCAAACUGUUUGUCUGAAUAUUAAAUAUCAAGACGUGUUUAAGAUAUUAGUGAAGAUUUAUUUACGUAAAAACAACAUGAUGAUCUUGUCCAAUAUAACCUUAGGUCCAAAUAUGUGUGAAAAGUCAAAUAAAGUUUACUCCGUUGCCCAAACACCAAAAGUGGCAUGGCGAUGUGAUUUUGAAGAGAGCAUGUGUGGUCUUCGCCAAUGCUAUAGUCCAGCUGAGAUGACUUGGGAAAGGAUGAAUGUAUUUCCUAUGUUUGGACCUAAAUCUGGUCAUAGGUCAGCCAAAUCAGAUCCGGGUGAUAACUGGUUUAUGGUUAGAAAUGGUUGGUUUAAGCCUCGCGCUAGUGUUGCCUGUGUCCAAAGUCCUGACAUAUAUCUAGAAAAUACCAAGAAUUGUUUACAGUUUUAUUUUUAUGUAUGGGGAUAUUCUACUGGUAAUGUGACUAUAGAUAUAAUAGAAGAUAAUGAUAUCCAGACAGAGAUUUGGAGUUUUGACCGACUCGGUCUACAGAAUAUUGAGUGGAGUUUAUUUCAGGUACCAAUAACGGUGUCUGGUAAUAUAAAGUUGGAGAUUAAAACCAAAUUACGAUAUUGGUGGGGAAGUUAUGCUAUAGAUGAUAUAAAGAUUACUGAAACAGCUUGUUAGUUUAUUGAUUAAAGUAACGCAUUGAUCCGUGUUUUAUGGAAACAUGGCGUUAAUGGCGAGGUUAGGUCUUAAUUUUGGUGGUAAACAUCGUCAUUAAUUAUUUUUUUAAAAAUAGCAAAGUGAUGUAUUAAUGCAUCCAUUAAUGUCUCGAUUCGUCAUUUUAGCGCUAAAGGAAUCUCUUGCAGACUACCAUUUUGUGGAAGAUGAAUUUCUAAUAAGAAUAUCUGUCCAAAAAGUGGUUCAGUUUCGUUCAGUAUUUACAAAGAUAUGUUGAAUUGAAAUUCCAUCGAUCUAUGUGGCUCGUCUUUGUCGGGACACUGUCUGCAUAUUAGAGUUUUCUUUAAUUUUGUUGUCUGUAAACAUUACACAGUGCUCUUCUGCAACUAUCUAUUUGCAUAAAUGCUCAUAUUUUUUGUCGAAUCAAAAUAUGUUUUCAAAAGUUGAAAGACCAGUAGUGCUCUUGUUAUAUUCAAUAUCUAGC